CGUCUCAGCACGAGGAUGCUUUUACACAGUGUCACAGUUCUACCUUUGGAUUUAUAUUUCGCGUGAAGAGAUGGGACUUUAAACGGAUUUUUUUCGCUGUGCUUUUCCCAUUAAUUGGAGAUUUUUUUGGGGGGUGAGAUGGUAUUAGAGCUUUUGGCGCGGAUGCGCGCUUUUUCUCGACUGCUACCUUUCCCUGGGACAAGACAUUUGGAAAUGUGAAGGAGCUUAAAGUAUGGCAUGCAAAAGAUGGUCUCGGCCAAGAAGGAGACGGUGAUUGCGAUGUGCCCCACUUACAUUUCCACACUCUUCUACUUUCUGUGCGUUACGGCUUGCGUUAAGAAAAUCUCAGGCCAGGUAAAGAGGGAUGAGAAGUUAUACCCUGAAAAUUUCACCCAGAUCUUAGACCGACUCCUGGAGGGUUAUGACAACAGACUGCGCCCUGGAUUCGGGGGUCCGGUGACUGAGGUGAAGACUGAUAUCUACGUUACUAGUUUUGGCCCAGUAUCUGAUGUGGAAAUGGAGUACACAAUAGAUGUGUUUUUCCGACAGACGUGGGAAGACCGGCGGCUGAAAUAUGAGGGACCAAUCGAGAUUUUGCGGCUAAACAACCUAAUGGUGACUAAAGUGUGGACUCCUGAUACCUUCUUCAGGAACGGGAAAAGAUCUGUGGCUCACAAUAUGACUGCACCGAAUAAACUCUUCCGCAUAAUGAAAAACGGCACAAUCCUUUACACCAUGAGACUGACAAUCAGCGCAGAGUGUCCAAUGAAGUUAGUGGAUUUUCCUAUGGAUGGCCAUUCCUGUCCGCUUAAGUUUGGAAGCUAUGCUUACCCGAAGACCGAGAUGAUCUACACAUGGACCAAGCACUCCGUGGAAGUUCCUCCUGAAUCGUCCAGUCUCGUUCAGUAUGAUCUUAUUGGACAAACCGUCUCCAGUGAAACAGUCAAAUCCAUUACAGGUGAAUACGUGGUGAUGACGGUCUAUUUCCACUUGAAACGGAAAAUGGGCUACUUCAUGAUUCAGACGUACAUCCCGUGCAUCAUGACAGUAAUCCUUUCCCAAGUGUCCUUCUGGAUAAAUAAGGAAUCUGUGCCUGCCAGAACUGUCUUCGGUAUCACCACUGUCCUCACCAUGACCACUCUGAGCAUCAGUGCCCGUCACUCUCUGCCCAAAGUCUCCUAUGCUACAGCCAUGGACUGGUUUAUUGCUGUGUGUUUCGCCUUUGUUUUUUCGGCCCUCAUUGAGUUCGCUGCUGUGAACUAUUUCACCAACGUGCAAGCGGAACGAGCAAAGAAGAAGGCAGCCAAAAAUGCAGCUGCCAAGAGCUCCAUGCCAUCAGGCAAGGGCAAGGACACUGAGGAGAUUUUACAGCAAAUCUCAGACACUAAUGGCAACCUACGCAAACGUGUAAACUCCACGACUCAGUCUCAGCCCGACCCUAAGGGCAGCCAAAGAAAUGAAUCCUGCAGCAGAAGCUCCAUGGUCGUGUCCAAAGAGCUUCAGACAAGCCAGUUAUCAUCCAGCUCAACUGCAACAGGGAGCUCCUCAGGCCAAACACGAAUCCAGUCCAAAACCUUCACCCAAUCCAAAGCACUCUCUUCGGGUUCAGCUUCCAAAACCACGCCCCCUGCACCGCCUUCAACACCAACAGUCCCAGAGCUCUCAUCAGCCAACACACCCACCGGCUCUGGCUCUCUUUACCAUCUUCUAACCCCGAAGUUGGAGAAUAUGCAGAAAACAGAUGCCAAGGCUGCAUCCAGUGCUCAGCCAGCAGCUUCUCAGGGUGGGGCCAGCAAGAUUGAUAAGUAUGCACGAAUCCUUUUCCCAGUGUCCUUUGGGGCAUUUAACAUGGUGUACUGGGUGGUAUACUUAUCCAAAGACACCAUGGAAGCAAAAGGAGCCUAAAUCACAGAAUUGUCAGAUUUUGUCACAUUUCCUAAAGCCAAACAGCACAAAAAUUGUGCAACAUCCUUCCAAGGAUCGUGUCAAACAAAUUCAACAUAAAUCUUACAGUAAACGGACAAACAAAACAGCCCGGACAAGCACAUCAGGAGAUCAUCUGGGUAACAUAAUUCCAAAAUAUUUUAGAGGUCGUCAUCGAGUCCUUUUUUAGAAUGAGCAUGUGGAUAUAUAAAAAAAAACAGUCUUAGAUUUACUAGCCCUUUUAAAACGGAUCACAAAAUGGCAGGCACAUUUAUUUUCAAGCACAUAGGUGUAGGAAUAUUGCCACUGAAAAUAGAAACUUAAAAAGAAAUUACAAUUGAAACCAUUACAAUUUAAUCUAUUUUUCUAUUAGUAUGUGUGCAUUUUCUGGUAAAUUGUAUUCUACAUCACAAUUUGUUUUCAUGUUGAGACGCUUUUCUGUUCGUGUUAUCAGUUAAGAGGCUGUCUGAUAGAUACCAGCAGUAAGGAGUUUUCUCUUGGGGAACUUGCUUGGUGUGGGCGGAUAUCUGACCAUGAAGAGCAAAUCUGUAUGCAUGUCUUUUAUUUUUCUCAGAGAUACUGUAGUCGAAGGAGAAUUCACUAGCUACUCUAUUAUUUAUUUUGCUUCUACUUUAAGUAAAUUGAUUGUUAACUUUUGCAAUGUAUGUUGCACAGGCAUCUUAUAUCUCCACAAACUAAAGAGCCACCUUCCACCAGUUUGAACUGCAAUAUUUUUAUUAUAUUUUACAAAUCCCUUACUAUUUCCUUGCAUUAAGUAGUGGUUUAUUGGACAUGUGUGACGUUGAUAAAUGAUGAUGAUGAUGAUGAUGAUGAUGGUGAUUGACAGCAUGGAAGAGUACAGUAUGAAGCAUUGAUGAGUGCUCCAAGUGUCCAUACUGACAUUAUACAGUAUAUUUAGUAUGUCAUUAACAUUAUGCUUAUAUAAUUAUCCUUUUAAAACAUUUACAAAGCUACAUUUACAGCACUAUAUGAAUAUAAUAUUAAUUAUCCAUAGGAUGCUUGAAAUUUUGGUAAAUAGCAGUGGAAACUUAGCCCUAUCAAUUUACCAUUCCUACUAUUUUGGUUAUAAGAGAAUAUUAUCUGGCAUUUUCUGGAACCAUUAUUUGUUACUGCCUCCAGUUAGUCAUUAACUCACAAACUCGAAACUGGUUUUCCAGCCUAUUACCAGCUCCAGCCCUGAGUCAGCAGGCUUUCAUCUCAUCACAUCCCUUAAUCACACUCCUAUUGAUCACCCAGCCAUUACCAAAAACACCCCAACAUCCUUCAUUUAGUUAAUCUAAUCCAAAAUGACAAUGCAUUUUGCAUUCCUAACUCAACCCGUUAAGGAUAUAUCAUUUUAUUAUACAGCCUUUGAAGUUUUUUUUCCUCUAUUACUAAGAGAAGAAUUAAAAAGAGGUUUUCUUUGUGGUUUUCUUUUUAUUCUUUUGUUCCUGUUUUCCCCUUCUAUGCUCUAUUUCAGUUCCUUGCCUAAAGGCUAAGCAUAAAGCAGGGAAUUUAGUAGUGGUGGGUCCCUGGAGGGAUGGCACACUGUUCCAGACAUUUACCUCUACCAGACAAGUAGUCACUUAUACAAGGCACCAGAAGGCUUAUUACAUUUCAUACCCUUUGCCUUGUCAUUUUAGUUUGACAUUUCUCGCUACACUUUUCCUCUCGCUUUCUUUUGCUUUCUGUGAGCAUGUGUAAAUAGAGGACAUUGCCUCUGUAGUUUAUGGACAAAGCUAUCACUGGACUGAUGGAGCGUUCCAAAUGUCUGCCAUUUCUGGCUUUUCCGGAAGUGCACUUGAGUGUGAAAUUGACUUUGUACCCUUGCUAUCACCCCUCCUAAAAUAUGCUUUCUUUUUCUUUAUGCAUUCACUCACUCACAAAGAGACAAAAUCCUUGUUAACUUGUCAGUCUCUGAUACAUACUCUUUUUUUUUUUUUUGGCUUUCUGGUUUAACGACUAAUUUGGAUCAAUAUCACGUAAAAGGUAAAAAAAAAAACUAACAAGCCAUUAUUUUAGACCCUUUCGGUUGUAACUUGGAACAGUCUUUGAAAAGGUCCUAGGUCUACUGUAUGUGCUUGACUGACUGCAAGGGCUAUUAGCUCACACAACACCCCAAUUCUUCCACCUACAAUGCAGCGCAUAAUUUGACUCACUAGGCUGUAAUUGGCUUGGUUAAAAUCUGUGCUUAUUUAAUUCAAUUUUCUUUUUUAAAGUAUUUUUCACUUCAAUUGCCCACUGAUUAUUUUAGCUAUGAUGUUACAGUUCUGUGUUAACCUGAUAAAUUCCUCAGCCUUGGUUCUGUUUUCCUGUUUUUCAUCUUGCUUUCUUACAAUGUUUGUCUCUCUUUAUGCCACUUUUUUAAAAAUCAGAAAUGGCAUUGCCCUGUAAAUUCUAUUUAAAAUGCUCUCUGCAUGCUCUCGGACAGAUGGGGGGACAUCUUCUCUUAUAGUUCUACCACUGCCACUCGAGUAGCAGGGAACGUAUAAGAGUCUGCCUUGGUUAAACUGUACUCCGUGCACCCAUUCCAGAAUAUGGAGUGCAAAUAUUAUAAACUCUUUUUGGACAGCACAAAAAAAAGAGAAAAGAGAAUAACCAAAUCAAGGAGCGCACACAGAUUAUCCUUUUUCAUAAAGACUCUUUUGUGAGGGCAUACUUCAACCAAGAGGAAUAAUCAAAAGCUUCCUGUACAUAAUAUCAAUAAUAGAAUGUCUUUGUAAAAAAAAAAAGGGAAAAAAAGAAAACAUAUACACUUUGUGUUUUGUAGUAAAAAUGAAUAUUUAAUAUUACCCUAUGCAAGGUAAUUUACCUUAGAACUGUUGUAAAGAGCAGCUGCCUCACCUUAUUUCUAAAGCUGAGGUCACCAUUUAAGGUAAAAUAAAA